AUGUACGCAGCUGGGGCUUGCAACAACACGCGAUUUGUGCAUGGCGACGACUCGCGGCCAACAACUUGGACCGUCUGCAGGAUCUGUGUCCCAUAUGCUUUACCCGAGGGCAAUGUGAGAGCCUACAAGGAUGGCUACAGUACAGUAGCGAUGUCUGUCAAGCAAACAAGUCCCAGGCAGACUCCAGUCACUAACACCGCGCCGCAUGCGCCUCCUCAGGCUCUCCCGCCCAUCCAUCACGACCAGCAUCAUCUCGUCUUCCUCAUCCAGACCCUAGGCGUCUUCCGUCCAACAAGUCCUCCUCUUCACUCGCACCCCAAACCGAGUUGGCGCCCCUCGCCUUCGCAUUCACUCACCUGCAUCAACGGUCCAGCCCAGGACCCGUGUGUCUGCCGCAUCAGCAAAGCGCCCCCCCCUCUUCACAGUCUCAUCCCCCUCCGCCCCAAGCUGCACAUCGUCAUCGCCCCAAUCAUCGACCACCGGCGCUGCCCGCCCGCCCGUCCGUUUGGCCAGUUUCCGCCCAUCCGCACGAAGCAGUCUCCGCUCCUGCAUCAUCCAUCCCUCCCUCAUGCUGCAAUGCAAUGCAAUGCAGGAGGGACUGCAGCACGCCAGAGGGAGACUAACGCACGCACUUUAAGCCAUGCCCGCUGUUGCUGUUGGUCCGUGCUGGGUGUGUGUGCCCGCGCGCGGCGCCGGCGGAAACGCCUCCCGAAUGGCAACCCCGCCAUCGCCGCCGGAGAGGUGGACGGUCUCUUGUCACUCUCGGUCAGUCGCUCUACGAUACUGCACUGCAUGCGGUCUUGCUGGGCAACCUCCCCGUCCUCCCGCGGCUUCUCACGUUCCUCCCGUCUGGAGUACUUUGACCUGGGUCCUGCACACAGAGCUCCACCCAAUGACACCGGUCGGGGCAUCAGUAGUAGCAGCGGCAUCAGCAUCGCCAAGCCUGCCACAGUACGGCACGGCCGUCCUCCUCACCCUUCCCAUCCUCCAUGUACUCGUCAUCACCACCGCCAUCCAAACCGUGAAGCUCCCGCGCCGUCCGAAACGGCAAAGACCCAGGCCCGGCCUGGCGCCACGCUCCACGGCGCAGCGGAAACGCAGCUUACUUACUCUACAGUACCAGCGCCCACAUGGAAUCUCGGCACUUGA